AUGAAGAUCUUUCUGAGAACCCCAAGCGGCACAUAUUUACCUCCUCUCAAUAAUGUCGAAACACUGGAAGAUAUCAAAACCAGCGUCAAUCGCAUAACUGGAAUCGCAACCGAUCGCCAGCGUUUCACCUUUGCUGGAAAGUAUCUGGACCAUGUCACGUCUCUAGCCGAACACAAGAUUUUAGAUGGAUCGGUUCUCCAUGUGUACGAACUUAGUUUCCAAUUAUUUGUUAGGACCCUAAGUGGCAACACAAUUACUAUCGAUAAUAACCACAGUUCUGAUUCUAUCGGGCGUGUCAUGGAUAAGAUUGAGCAAAAAGACGGAAUGCCAUCUUGGUAUAAUGUUCUAGUUCACGCUGGGAGGCAGUUGCAACGAGAGAGGAGUCUGGCUGAUUACGAUAUCGACAAGGAGGCGAUGUUGUUCAUGGCGUCUCGGUUGAGGAGUUACAGUGGCAUGGAAGAAAGGUUUGAUGGACUAUCUAUCUAUGGGAAGCUGACUGUGGCCGUGAAAACUAGUGAUACAAUUGAAAUUGUGAAAACAAAGAUCAUGGACAAAUUUAGUCUACCGCGACAGCCUGAUCGGUUAUUGCUCUCUUUCAAUGGGAACGUGAUGGAAGAUGACACUUCGACGUUGAAGGCCAAUGAUGUUCGUGUUGGCUCUGUACUUGGCCUAACACUGGCUCCUCCGCUUUGGGUACGAAAAAGGAAGAGAGAGUCGGAAGAAGAUGAAGAUGUGAAAGAGAGGGGGCGUAAACUGGUUCAUCUUGUAUGUAAAAUUGGUGAGCAAGGAUUAGGGCGAGGACUGGAAGAAGUGCAGCAAAAUUGGUGA